GAGAUGCUUGUUUUCUGCUUGAAUCUAAGGCUGCUGCUUGGGGCAUUAAUGCUGUGAGUCCCUCCAUUGUAGGCUCAAAAUAAAUGUGCCAGCUUAAAAAGUGUGUUUCAUUUAAUCUGUAGUUUGGUCUUGCUCAACAUCAGAAAUGCAUCACGAGUUAGAAAUCCCUGCUGAAUUCACAUUUUGACAGCUUCUGAAAAAUACUCUCGGUGGACCUGCAGACUGAUUCUAUGAGUUUCUGCCUACUAAGUAAGUCAGUGGCACAAUGACUGUGGCCUUAUGACCCCCUAAUGCUGAGCUAGCAUUGCAAGGCCAGGAUGCUACAUCAGAAGUAGGAGUCAGUAUUCACCUACGAUCAACAGGCAGAGCCCAAAAUAGGAUGGUGCUCUGCACAAACCCUCCAGCUAAUUGUGUCUCGGCUACAUGUGAGAUGAGAACUUUAUAAACAAUUUGUAUUGUACGGGUGCAGUUGGGCAAGGCAUGAUGCUGAUGGGUACUGAGAUGGUGGGAAACUGAUAAUAAGGAUUUGGAUAUUUACUGAUGGUUAUUAACUGAACCCAGCAUUCAGCUAAGAAGACAAGCCUCCUUUGAUGGUAAAAUUGGCAGAGUCCUCACGGCUGACAAGAAGGGUAUAAAACAAAAAGCCCCACAACAUGCCUAUGUGUGACCAAGUGCGAAAUCUGCCCGGGGGGUGGUGGUGUGUGGUUGCGAUGAAACAAGAAUCCAUGAAGAAGAACUGAAGAACACAGGACACUUGGGAUUAAUGCAGCAACAGAACUACUUUCCUCUUCCAUUAUCAGCUCAUCUUUGCAGAAUGAGCCUCAGUGACCUUCUCUACCCAAACAAUCCACAAAGACGCCAGGAUGUGAUUGCCCUGCACCAGGAACUGCUUGACUGCAUGCAGCUGAAUUUUAAGGCCACCGAUGAACUAAUUGGAGCACUGAAUGAACAUCUGGGAGCCAAGAUCGCGCACGUUAAAAUGAAAGAGGGCGGCACCAUCAAAGAGAACUGUGACAUCAUCAUCCGAGCCAUGACUGAUAUUCAGCAAGAGGUAUGGAAGUUUGAUAAAGAAAUAAAGGAAAAGCUAGAGCCACUGAUGUACCGAAAGCUUUAUGAUAUCAAGGAGCCGGAGUUGGAAAAAAUUGCAAUAGCUCACAGGAUUGUAUCUGUUAUUCUUGGAGAGGCUACUGCAUCUGCAGGUAUAGUAGCUGUAAAAUUGGUGUGUUCGAAUAUUGUAACUGUUACUGUUAACAAACUAGUUGCUCUACUUGCUCAGAUUGGGUUAUCUGUUCUAGGAGGCAUUGCCAUUAGUGCUCUGGGGCUGGGUAUCGACAUAAUUCUUCAUGCUAUAUUGGGAGCGGUGGAAAGAGAUCACCUUGUAGCAUGCAUUGAGAGCUAUGAGCAGCAUCUGGCAGAAUUUAAGGAAGCCUCGCAGAUUUAUCAUUGCGCCAUUACAGAAGUCAGUGCAAUGGUGAAAGACAAAGCUAAAUUAGGAAUAUCUGGGGAUGUUCCUACACACUGGUCAUUACACACUGGUCAUUACGUAUUCUAAUAUGACUGAUAAGAACUUUCCUUUUUAAUACGGCUUGUUCGUUUUUGCAAUUAGCAACAUAGAAAUAAAGAGACUGGUAGUGAAUAACUUGUUAAAGACAAAAGACCCUUGUAGACAAGCAGUAACUGAAAGGUGUAGGUUUCUGCAGGUAUGUGACAUGAGCGAAUGCUCUAACGGCACAAACUUAACUAUGUUUACUCAGGAGUUAAGUCCCGUUGAACUCAGUGGGGAUUCCUUCUGGAUAAGUGGGGUUGGGAUUGUAGCCUUUGAUUGCAAUCCUAAUGUCUCCUCCCUUUCAGUGGGGAUUUGUAGAAAAAGCAUACACAAAUCCACUGUACAACAAUUGCAUACUAGAAAUCAAGAUGUAGUUAUGCAGUUCAUCCUUUUCCAUGUGAAUCAAGCUUGGUAAUGUGGAAAGUAUUGAAAACAUGCAUUGCGUUAUUGAG